AAUUUACCGUGUUUAGGUUUCAGUGUCAAUUUCCUGUUUCAACACAACGUAGAAAAAAUAUUGUGAAAAACGUUUUGUAAAAUUGACUUAUUGUACUGUUCAUCAAGUGUAAAAUCAGGUGUUUAAAACACUAGAAAUGGGGAGAUACAGCUCCAGCCCUGACGUCAGAAGAAGGAAAGCUUCAUACUCUAGCAGUGAUUCCUCAGAUGACAGUUCACACAAUAGCAAAAGGUCACCAGACAGACAACAAAAGAAAUCUAAGAACAGUCAGAGGAAUAGACGUUCAAGAUCAAGAUCAUUUGAUAGAAAAAGACGCUCUCGGUCAAGGUCAUAUGAGAGAAAAAGGGAUUCUCAUUCUAGGUCAAGUUCACCUAAAAGGAAAAGACGUUCAAGGUCAAGGUCGUUUGAUAAAAAGAGGCGCCUGAAAUCUAGAUCACCUGAUAGGGGAAGAAAUUCUAAUGGUUAUUUACACUCAGACAAACGUUCAGCUAAGUCACCUCAGAGAUACAGGUCAAGGUCACCAUCACCUCAGAGAUACAGGUCAAGGUCACCAAUUUUUGAACCAUCUUCAUCUAGAGGGGAUAUGUAUGGACAUGAUGAUAGGUCGUCUCCAAGGAGAUUCAACAGAGAGGAGGGGAAUAGUGACAGAUCACAUCAUUUUAACGGUCACGGCAGAACGGGGCGCUUUAACAGAGGUCAUAAUGGCAUGCUACCCGACUUUUUUGACAGACGCCGAGAAGAGAGAGAAAGAAUAGGAGAGAUGGGUAUCUUUGAAUGCUGGGGCCAGUCACCGACACAUGCCACUAUUUCAGACUCAGAGUCCGAAUCAGACAGUGACAAGUCAGCUGCCAGUGGUUCUUCUUCAGAGGACAAAAAGAAAAGAAACAAAAAGAAAAAGAAGAAGGAGAAAAAACACAAGAAGAAAAGUGCUAAGAAUAAGAAGAACAAGAAAAAGAAAUUAA